GGGGGGCGAUGGCGGCUGAUAUAUCCAUCCCCUCUCCUCCUCAUCCCUUUGCGUUUACCCUAGCAAUCCAUUUUAGAUUGAUUCCGUGUAGAUCGAUGGAGUUUGGGGCGGCUGGUAGUUCCAGGCCGGGAGACUAAUUCUGAUGCGAUUCGACAGCGGACGGAUAUUUGGAGAGUCUGUCUCUUUUUGCCGCCGCCUAUGAUUCGGAGCAGCAAGCGCCGCCGCCUGACGCCCAUCCCCAGCGACGCCGGCAAGAUGUCGCCGGAUUGGGCUUCGCUUGACCAGGAUCUGGUGGGGCUGAUCGGGGGGCGGGUGCUUGCCGGCGACGACAUGCGGGACUACGUCCGGUUCCGCGCCGUCUGCUCUCACUGGAGCGCAAGCACCGUCCGCCCACUCGGCCGCGGCGUCACCGACCGGCGUUUCCACCCGCGGCGGUGGAUGAUGCUACCGGAGGGCCACGGCCUCUACCCCGGCCAUCCCGACCUCCGCGGCUACGUCCGCUUCUUCAACCUCUCCACCGCCGCCUUGGUCCGUGUCCAUCUACCGCUCCUACGCGACCACGUCAUCAUCGACUCGGUCGACGGCCUCCUGCUCCUGCACCGCGACCACGACACAGCCAUCCGCCUCCUCCACCCCUUCACCGGCGAUGUCGCCGACCUCCCGCCGCUGGCUUCCCUCCUGCCACAGAUGGAAUCCGAGAGCCGCGACCGCAGCCAGCGAAGCAAGCACAGCAGACUAAUGAAAGUUUGCGCAUCUGUUACCGUCACCUCCACUGGCACCAUCACCGUCAUGCUGGCCCUUGAAAUCCUGCACCGCGUAGCCUACGCCACUCCCGGUGACCAACGGUGGACUCUCUCUGCCUGGACGCUCAAACCUUUUGUCAAACCCGUAUCUUUCCAAGGCAAACUCUAUGCUUUGCAGCUCUCAUCUUACGACAUACAUAAGGUAUACAUCUACCAGUUUAAUCCACCAUGCCAAGAUAACGACAAGGGAUUGCUUCAUCUGCCAUUGCCAGUGAAGAUUGCUGAAUGCCCAAUGGACAAAUUUCUAUACCUGCUCAACUUUGCUGAAUGUGGUUCAGAGCUCUUGCUGGUUGCCUAUAAUGGUGUUUCUCGUUCAAAGCUGCUAGUAUACAGACUUGCUGACCUUGUCAGUGGAAGGAUUGAGCCAGUAACGACCAUUGGAGACCACGCCUUGUUCCUUGAUGAACGUUGUCUCUGUGUCUCACUCUCAAAUAACAAGGAGGGGAGUAAGAUCCUUCCCUCCGAUUUGUCUAACUCUAUCAUUUGCAUGCAUAGUUUGCAGGUCGAUCCUAGUUCACUAGAUAUAUUUCGUUUUGAGCAAUAUGACCUAGGUACUGGUACCUGGGCUCCAGCUAGUGACGGAGACAUUUUCCAUAAACCACCACCGAGUCCCCAUACACUUAUCCAUCAUAUCUUUACUUGCUGCAAUCGCAGAUAUUGGAAUAAAGGAAUCAUGUAUUGCAGUAAAAGACAGCCUAUUUGGUUGGUGAAGCAAGAACUGCGGUUUGGGGCUUGAUGGGCUCUUGUUUCCGCUGAGGUCUUUUCCUCCAGAAUAUCUAGAGGAGCAAAUAAACUAUGGGUGUGUUCGGAGGGGGCAUUUUACAGCAGCGGCUGCGGCUGCAGCAGUUCAAAACUGCUGCGGCAGCGAUGCCGCCGAACAGAGUCGAUGUGUUCUCUAUUGAAAGUCCCUGGAUCAAUCGUCCAAUUAGUGUAUGGACCUUUGAUGCCUUCUUCCCUGGAUUAAUCGUCCAAUUAGUGCAUGGACCUUUGAUGCCUUCUUCUUGGCUGUUUGACGGACCUUUGUUGCCCCAUCUUUAACAGUAUGCUACACAUCUAUUAUAGAUACUAGAAGGAUAUGCGCGGCGCCACGCCGCGCACGACAAUGUUUUGCAUGAGCUUAGUGAAGGCUACGUAGCAUAAUUAAAUGUGAACCAAAGAUCACAUUCUUUCCAAUUCUCAAA